CGCAUGUGUUAAUUUCAAAGGCGUUUUAUGGGAAGUUUGGUUCUUUCCAAUGUCUGCUUUUUCGUUCUUCAGUUUCCUCUUGCUUAUCCAGCCAGCUUUCCAGGCUUCAGAGCCUGACACUUUUCUGAUACAUAAUGAAUACCUUGGGCAUUGUCUACAAGCUCAAACAUCUCUUUCCAUCAUCCCAAUGAGCUGCAAUAAGGAUAAUGAGUGGCAAAAUUUUAAGUGGGCUUCUGAAGACCAGAUUGUGAACAUGGGAACAAAGCAAUGUCUAGCAGUAACUUCAAAAACCAACCUGGCUCCACUCACCCUCUCUCCCUGUAACAAGACCAGUGAACUUCAGAGAUGGAUCUGCAAGAAUGAGACCCUUUUGGCACUUAGGGAAGAAAAUCUGUUUUUACAGCCUGCCAAUGAAUGGAAGGACAAUGUGAUAGUAUCUCAAACAACCAGUCCUAAGAGUUUCUGGACUGCCUAUGGCACAAGAAACAGCUUAUGCGCCAAGGGAUAUGAAGCACUCUUUACCUUAGAAGGCAAUGACUUGGGAGCCCCCUGUGUAUUCCCAUUCAAGUAUUCAGGCAAGUGGCAUGCAAAGUGCAUAACAGACGAUGAUGGAAAUGCACGACUCUGGUGUGGAACAACUGCAGAUGUGGAUGAAGACUCUCUCGCAGGGUAUUGUCCGGUGGAUGUUGACCAAGACGAUUUUUUCUGGACCAAAAACCAUUGGACAGGAGAUCUCUACCAAAUCAACUCUCAUUCAGCUCUCACAUGGCACCAAGCCAGAAAAAGUUGUCAGCAGCAGAAUGCAGAACUGCUGAGCAUCAAAGAACUUCAUGAACAAACAUACUUGACAGGAUUAACAAGUUCUCUUGACACCGACUUCUGGAUAGGCCUUCACAACCUUGAUUUUGAAAGUGGAUGGGAAUGGGCAGGCAACAAACCUUUCAGAUAUUUAAACUGGGCUCCAGGCAGCCCAUCUCCAGAAUCUGAAAAGAUUUGUGGAUCAAUGAAGUCAAAUAAUGGUAGAUGGGUGAAUAAUAAAUGUGAUGAGAAAUUUGGAUACAUUUGCAAAAAAGAUAACUCUUCACUAGAUGUUCCAGUUAUGCCUGCAGAUGAUUUAAAGCCAAUUAAGUGUCUAGAUGGCUGGGUUGCCUAUGCCGGCCAUUGUUACCAUCUUAACAGAAAUCUUAAGACAUGGAAGAAUGCAUUACUGUACUGUCGAAAGGCAGGUGGAGAUUUAAUAAGUAUGCACAAUGUUGAAGAAUACAGCUUCGCGAUUUCUCAGCUUGGAUACAACCCAACAGACCUUCUGUGGAUAGGACUGAAUGACCAGAAGACUGAAAUGUAUUUUGAAUGGAGUGAUGGUACUCCAGUAAGAUUUACCAAGUGGCAGCGAGGAGAACCCACACAUGUAACUAAUGUGCAAGAGGACUGUGUUAUCAUGAGUGGAGAGAAUGGAUACUGGAAAGAUAAUUUCUGUGAUGAAGAAUUGGGCUACAUCUGUAAAAGUAAACCGUUGCUAACUUUAGUGGAUGAACCUGAACCUGUUGAUCCAACUUGCCCCAAAGGCUGGAAAAGGCAUGGCUUAUAUUGCUACUUCAUAGGACAGACAACUAAAACUUUUUCAGAAGCAAAGACGUUCUGUGAAGCAACGAAGGGAUUUCUGACUUCAGUGGAGGACAGGUAUGAACAGGCCUAUUUGACUAGUCUAAUUGGACUGCAUUCUGAAAGAUAUUUUUGGAUAGGCCUCUCAGAUGUAGAGCAACCAGGGACAUUCAAUUGGACCAAUGGAGACAAAAGUUUGUUCAGCCAUUGGAAUUCAGAAAUGCCUGGGCAACGUCCUGGUUGCGUGGCCAUGAGAACAGGAACGGCAGCUGGAUUAUGGGAUGUUGUGGACUGCAAGGAGAAGGCAGCUUUCCUCUGCAAACAAUGGGCAGAAGGUGUGACACCCCCUCCUGUCCCACCAGUAACUGUCCCACCCCCAUGUCUAGAUGGAUGGACCCCAAGCCCAAUUAGGAAUGUGUGCUUCAAAAACUUUGAUGAAAAAUACCGUAAGAAAACAUGGUUUGAAGCAAGAGAUUUUUGUAGAGAAAUUGGAGGAGAUUUGGCUUCUAUUCAUAAUGAUGCAGAACAACUGAUAGUAACGAGGCACAGAGAUGAUUGCUGGAUUGGUUUAAAUACUUUAGAUCCUGAGAAAGGAUUGGCUUGGACUGAUGAAUCUCCUGUAGACUAUCAAAAGGGAACUGACUGGUCAUCACUUUCCCGAAAUAACAAACCAGGUUGCAAAAUAAUACGUACUUAUGGAUAUUGGACAACUGUCCCGUGUGACUCUUUGAAGAAGUGGAUUUGCCAAAUAAAAAGGGGUGCACCAUUUAAAAAGGAACCAACUGAUACUUUUGACUAUCUUUACAAAACCAUUGAAGAUGGCUGGAUUGCUUAUGAAAGCAAUGAGUAUUAUUUCAGUAAUAUCACUUUGCCUGCAGAAAAGGCCCAAGAAUUCUGCAAGAAGCAUGGUGGUCGUCUCACAGUCAUUGAGAAUGAUGAUGAAAGAAGGUUUCUGUGGAAAUAUAAUGCCUUCCAUGGAAAGGAACAUGAUUCUUAUAUUGGCUUAAUUGUGGGUCUAGAUGGAAAAUUUGUCUGGUUGGAUGGCUCUCUAGUAACAUAUACAGCCUGGGCCCCUGAUGAGCCCAACUUCAUAAAUGAUGAUGAAAAUUGUGUGGUUUUGUAUUCAAGCACAGGUUUAUGGAAUGAUAUAAACUGUGGUUCUAAGAAUGGCUUCAUCUGUGAGAGACACAACCGUUCUGUUGUUUUGCCUGUUGCUCCCACAUCACCUGAACCUCUUGGAGGCUGUGCGGAAGGCUGGCUUUUGUUUAAUAACAAGUGCUUCCAAAUAUUUGGUUUUCAUGAAGAAGAGAGGAAAAACUGGACUGCUGCACGUGCUGACUGCAAAUCCCGAGAAGGAAAUCUGGCCACCAUACCAAGCAAAGCUGUUCAAGCUUUCCUCACAGUGCACAUAAGAGGCAUUCCAAGCGGCCCCUGGAUUGGACUGAAUGCCAUUGCUUCAUGGCGAGAAUUUUUAUGGACAGAUGGAAGUGGUGUCUACUAUACAAAUUGGGCCAAAAGAUUUCCAAACUAUUUUGGUGCGUGUGUUUAUAUGACGGAGGCAGGAAUUUGGAAAAAUCAAAGGUGUAGCACUAAGAAAAGCUAUAUCUGUCAAAGAAAGACUGAUGCUAUAUUAUCUUACCAUGGGACAACAAUUUCAGCCUCUGGAUAUACUCGUUAUGGAAAUAGCAGCUAUUCUCUUGUUAGUCCCAAAAUGUCAUGGGAAGAAGCAAGAAAAAGGUGUAAAUCUGAAAACGCAGAACUUGCCAGCAUAGUUGAUCCUUAUGUCCAGUCAUUCAUAUGGCUACUUAUACUUAAAUACAAUGAGCCUGCCUGGAUUGGUCUAAACAGCAAUCUGACCAAUGAGAAAUACAAGUGGGUCAGUAACCGAAGACUGGCGUAUACCAACUGGGCUGCUGAAGAGCCAAAAGAAAACAUUGCCUGUGUCUAUUUAGACCUUGAUGGUCACUGGAAAACAGGAACUUGUGCUGAAAAAUACUUCUCUGUUUGUGAGCAGUAUCAUGGUAUAUUCCCAACAGAUCCUCCUGAGGCCCCAGGAAGAUGCCCUGGAUCAAAAGACCACCACAGACCUUGGAUUCCUUUUCGGGCUCAUUGCUAUGCCUUCUACUCCAUCUUCGAAUCCUGGCCUGAUGCAUCUGUGAGAUGUUCUCAUUUAGGUGGCACUUUGACUUCAAUAGAAGAUUCAGCUGAACUGGAGUUUUUGCUGGACCAUACCAAGCAUCUCAGUCAAGCAAACUUUUGGAUAGGCUUGUUCAGAAAUGUGGAUGGAGAAUGGAUAUGGGAAGAUAACACCAAAGUGGAUUUUGUGAACUGGAAAAAUGGACCACCUGCAGCUUAUAACAAAACUUAUGAGUACAAUAUUGUAUUUCAAGAUCAGUGCAUUUUCAUAAAUGGACAUAAUGGCGAAUGGCUUGGUGAAAACUGUAACUAUCCAAGAAAAGGAUUUAUUUGUAAAACACCCAAGAUUCUUGAAGAGCCACAUGUGACCCCUACAGUUGGUGAUGAAGAGCACAUGCCAAAGCAUACCACAAACACAGUGGCCAUCAUCCUGGUUCUUCUUACUCUUGCUGCUGCAGGAGUCACAGCUUAUGUGUUCUACAGGAGAAGAAGGAGGCAACCACAAACCCUGAAUGGGUUUGACAACUCCUUGUAUAAUAAGGACAAUGUGGUUAUCAAUCAGAAAGACCCAGAAUCGCUUGUGGAUAACAAUGAGGAGAGAUUGACAAGUUUCAGGGGCAGUCCUAGUUAAUACAAUAGGAUUUAUAUCUAAGUAAAAUGAUACUUGCACCAUAGUAAACAUUUGGAAAAUAGUCCGCUUAAGCAGUAACUCUCUGCAGCAGAAUGGGCAAGCCUCUGGAGCAACAACGUUGGUAAAUUUGAUCCAUUGCUGUACAUGUUUGCAUCUCAACACUUGAUUUGGGCCUAGAUGGGACUCCCAUCCAAACAGGAAGAGCAUGGAUUUGUGUUUGUUGAAGGACAUAGAGUCUUUAGAAGGGUUGAAGGACCACUCAGGAUGUGGAAUGUUCAUAGAAAAUGUUUGAUAGUACAAUGUGAGUAGAAGUCUGCUUCAGCUUGCACACUUUAUUUUUUGAUAUUAUCAAAGUAUCAGAGCUGUAUGUUUUCUGUUUCCUUAAAUGGUACAAAGGAUUAUUUCCUCUUUGGGGUUUUUUAUUUAUCCUUCUCCCACACACACAUGCACCCCUCAAUAUAUUCUUCCAUUUCAUUCUGACACUUUUCUUGUUGCCAAGGACGAAACAGAAAACACUAGUUUUGGUUCCAAAAUUUCCAUAUAUUUCUCUCAGGUAGUAUCCAAGGACGAAAGCCUUAAAACAACAACUGUAUGAGUGAAUAAUCAGAAGGGGGACAAUAAAUUAAGAAGAAUAAACAUUCAAAAAAUUAAGGAGAAUUAAAAUCUGGUUCUGUUUGUGUGAUUGCAGGAUGAAACCAAUUGCAUAAUUGGCUUUUUUCAUCAAAUUUAAAAGUGUAUACAUAUUCUUCAAUCCACUAUCCUACUUUGGUAACUUCUGUAUGUUUUAAAGCAUGGGAAUGACACCUUACGGAAACAUUUUGGGACCUUUUUCUUGUUCCAAAAAGGCUGCUCUUGUAUGUGCUACAUGAAUAAAUCAUGUGUAAAAUUGUUAUUAUGUACCUUCAAGUUGUUUCCAACUUGUGACUACCCAAAGCUAAGCUUGCCAUGAGGUGUUCUUAUUGGAAUUUGUUUAGAGGUGAUUUUCCCUGGCUUUUCUUUUAGGCAGAAAGAGUGUCUUGCUCAAGGUUGCCCUUGGGUUUCUACGGCAAAGCAGGGAUUAAUACUUUGGUCUACAGAGUUGUGGUCCAACACGCAGACUACUAUAACGUACUGGCUGUAACUUAAACUUAUUCUUAUUCAUAAUUAAUUGUGUAAAUUGUAUUCAAAAGCAAUCAGAACGUGUGUUAGUGGGCACAUGUGGUAUAGAGACUACAGUUUGUCCUUGGGGAAGAAAUGCUCUAGUUAUAUUCCCUUGAAUGUUAUAAAACAAACUGUUUUUCCUCCUGAUCAUCUAGUAAAAUUUUAAAAACUUUUAAAUAUUGCUUCUUUUUUCCAGUGAAUUGUGUGAAAGCUUCAGCUCCAGAAACAAAAUAUGUAUGUGUAGGCCACUGGCUGUGUAAAAAUGUAAUGGUUCCAUAAAUUAUAAAAUUAUGCAUUUCUUUAUUGUAUGUUAUCUUUGUACAAUUCUGUAUAGACUUAAGGCGUCUGAGAGCCUGUUAGGCUUUUUAUCAAUA